GGAAGUGCUCGACCCAAGAUGCAUCACUCUGCCACGUUAGGCCAUAUUUGUUGUUUUGCCGAUGACAGUAAAUUUCGCAGUUUUUUCCUCGCAAAACAUGGGUGGUUCUCAGAGUUCAGAGGUGCCAGGCGGUGGAACAGAAGGCUACCAUGUGCUGAGGGUGCAAGAUAAUUCUCCGGGGGAUGAAGCGGGUUUAGAAGCUUUCUUUGACUUCAUUGUUGCAAUUGGAAACACUAGACUGAACCAGGACAAUGACACUCUGAAGGAGCUGCUCAAGUCCAACCUGGGCCGCCCAGUACAGAUGACCGUAUACAGCAGCAAGACCCAGUCCGUGAGGGAGGUGCACAUCACACCCAGCAUGUCCUGGGGCGGGCAGGGACUCCUGGGCGUGAGCAUUCGAUUCUGCUCCUUCGAAGGGGCUAAUGAGAAUGUCUGGCAUGUUUUGGAUGUGCAGCCAAACUCGCCAGCAGAUUUGGCGGGUCUAAAGUCUAACUCUGACUACAUCAUAGGAGCUGACUCUGUUCUACAUGAGUCAGAAGAUCUGUUCACGCUGAUAGAAUCUCACGAGUCUAAGCCUCUGAAGUUGUACGUGUACAACGUGGACUCGGAUUCAUGCAGGGAGAUCACCAUCACUCCUAAUGCUGCCUGGGGCGGGGAGGGAAGCCUGGGAUGUGGCAUUGGCUACGGAUACCUGCACCGGAUACCGCGCUGUCAGUUCCCGUCGACCUUGGAACUUCCAUCCAGCCAUGAUGGACACGGCCAUGGUCACAGUCAUGAAUCACACGGUCAUGGCCAUGAUCACAGUGGUCAUGGCCACUCCCACCAGGGUCAUAACACAGCAGCCAGUGCAACACUAGGCAUGGCAAAUCUCUCACUGAACACAGGAACCACCACAAUACCAGUGCUAACCCCCUCCAGUGGAAUGACCCAGCCUCCUGCCCCUCUGCCGGCCUUCGCUCAAAUGCCUGGGGUGGCGCCUGGACUGGGUCCAUUACCUCCCCUGCAGGCCCCACUAUCCAUACCAGGAAUGCCUCCAAUAAAUCUGCCACCCUUUACUACAGCGGGAAUGGGCCAGUUACCAGCUUUCACCAUGCCAAUGACCAUGCCCGGAAUGACUUUACCCGGAAUGUCUGGGUCGUUGCCGGGAUUAACCUUGUCAGGAGCACCCUCAUCAAUGCCAGCAAUGGGCCUCUCGGGCGUUCCUUCAACGUUACCAAACUUUUCCAUGGCAGUGCCAGCUCUGUCGGGGCCUAUGAUUUCCACAACUUCUUCAAGUCAGGGGCCACAACUCCAGACAUCACAAGGGGCACAAUUCAGCUCAGUUCAAGGGACAUCACUCUCAGCAAACCAAGUUUUGGCACCCCAGACAUCAGAACCAACUAUUGCAACUAAAACAAAUUCAACAGAGGCUGCGCCGGCAACAUAAUUGUGAAACACUUAGAAUUUAGAUUAAUUUAAUCAUUAAUAUAAAAUUAUCAUUUGAAGAACUAUUGUAUUUAUAACUUUAUUUUCUUCUCUUUGCGUUAUUGUUCAUAACAGAAAUCAUAAACUUAACCAUGCUAUGUUUUCAAUAACUAAUAUUUGAGAUGUUCUGUUUUCAAACGGUUGUAGCAGUGAAAGCAGGUGUUUAUAUAUUAGCCUUGUUCUUAGAAAACAGUGCUUAAUGCUUGUGCAUUUAGCGUCUUUCCAGAUAAACCAGUACUGUCUGCAUAGGCUAAUCAGGGACAACACUCUCUGCCUUAACUGAAUUUUCAGUUAGACGAUUAUGCUGUGUAACAAAAAAUUCCAUAAACCGAUAAUUUUCUCUGCUUAGCCUGUGUGGACUGCACAGGCUAAUCUGGGUCAACACUACGCACUGGCAUUAAGCCCAGUUUUCCCAGAACGUGGCCCAUAUGAUUAUGCGCAACAACAUUUGAAGUGGCAAUUAAGUGUCAAAAAGUGAAGCUAUGUUCGUAGAGAUAGACUGUUUAUGUUUAUUAAAUGUUUUUGUUGGACACUGUGUAUUUAUGUUUAUAACGUCAUUGAAAAAUAGCCAUGAGUAUUUGUUAAAGAGUUACUGCUAAAUGACUUGAUUAUUGUUUGUGUUCAGGGUUCGACACUAAGGCACGUCCGACAGACAUUGUCUAGUAAGAUCGGUGGUCGGGCUAGUAAAACUGUGGACUAGCUUGUCCGACUGGUCGUACAUAAAAAAUCUAUACUGAUUCAUAUAACUACAACUAACCGAAAACCUUUUUCUCUUAAUGUAUAAAAUAACUCGUAUCCGUUAUUUACAUCAGAACAAAACUAGCGUAUAUAAAUAAACGCGGAGCAUUCACAUGAUUCAUCGCUAUUUUAAGACGCAAAGGAAAGCUUCCUGCAGAAAUUGCUUGUUUCCAUUGGUCAAGUUGUCAUGAAUAUUAAUGAUUUUCUGCAGUGUUGUAUAACUUUACAUCAUGUUUUUACGACUUCUAUUGAAAAUCGGUAUCGUCAAUGUAAACAUUUUGGCAUAGCAGACGAGAGAAUGUAAUUUAAAGAAUGGCUUUGUUCAAGAUUGGAUUUUCGUCCCACAAAUAAGUUGAUAAAGAAGAAUCAGACGGUAAAUCAGACACAGAUGGGAAAAAGGCCUUGGAGCUGUGGUAGCAUGGGGCACAGCGGUCAAGGAGGCCAGAAUUUGAUGAAGUUGAAUAAAUGUCACCUGCUGUACAGACAUCAUUUGUUUAACUGGUGAUAAACAGUGAAAUUAUAACAAUUUAUGUUGUUAAAUAGUUUUAUUUUAUUUUUUACUCUGUGCAUCAAAAUAACUGUCUUGCGUUCACUAAUUAUUUUCUGAUAAAACCUGAUUAAACAGUUACACGACACAA